CUUUCUGAAAAAAAUGGCGGCUUUUCUAUCUGAUAAUUCUAAAGAUCCUUUACUACGACAUAUUCCAUUACCAUUCAAAAAUGAUCUAGUUUUGAAUAUCGGUAGAGCCGAAGACAAUGAUAUUAAACUGCAAAAUUCUCAUCAUAUUUCAAGAUACCAUGCGAAAUUAAUCUGUCAAAAUGACGAUUGGUAUAUUAUGGAUUGCAAGAGUUCUAAUGGUGUGUUUAUUAAUGAUGUAAAAAUCGAACCUGCUCAAAAAACUGCUCUAAGAGAUGGUGAUAGCAUUAUUUUCGAUUAUCAACCAAACAAAAAUCCACGUUAUAGUUUCAGAUAUAAAAAUGAAAGAGAAGAUGAUCCUCCCGAUCAAAAUGUAUUUAAGAAACCUCGUUUAAAUAGACUAGUCAAAUGUGAUAAAGAUGACGAAAAAGAAGCGGAGAUAAAAAUAGCGGAAGAAUUAAAAAGAAAUGAACUUGAAGAGUUACGAAAGAAACUUGAAGAAAAGGAAAAACUAUUAAAGGAAAAGGAGGAGGAAAAUGCCCGCAAAGUUGCGGAGCAAAUAAAACAACGCGAAAUUCAGUUCGAAGAAGAGAAGAAAAAGCUGUUAGAAGAAAUGCAAAUCGAGAAACAAAAAUCUGGACAAGUUGUUGCUGAAGUUCAGCGUGAAUACGAAGAAAAAAUUAAAAAACAAGAGAAGAUAUUCACAAAUGAGAUGCAAGAGAUUGAGAGUAAAAAAAUUAAGAGUGAGCAAGAACUGCAGAAAACUAUUGCAGAAACUAAGGAAAAAUUUCAAAACGAAAAAGAAUGUAUGAAAAAAACUUUGGAAGAGCAGAUAGAAAAUACUUCAAAGAUGCACGAAAAGGAGAAAGAGGAAUUGAAAGCCGAACAAAGUCGAAUGAAGCAAGAAUUAGAAGAUGUUACGAAACGAAUGACUGCCCAAGCAUCGACAUCAGACAGUAAAGAUAAAAUGAUAGACUUAAUGGAGGAGGAACUCAUUUGCUCAAUUUGUUCGGAACUUUUUAUUUGUCCUAUGUCUCUUCAAUGUACUCAUACUUUUUGCGCCUUAUGUAUUCAUCAAUGGAUAAAAAGAAAAAACGAAUGUCCUCAAUGUCGGAAUCCGAUUACUUCAAAGGUAUAGCUUUCUAAAAUGUCUAUUGAAUCUGCAAUAGGUAGUCUUUACGAAAGCUUUCAAACGAUUUCUUUUAUAGAAACUAUGUUUAUAUUUAUACUUAUAGAUAUUUAUAUUGUAUAUGUUUUUAUCAUUUCUUUUUUAACCAAAGGCUAACUCACUUGCUAUGCAAAAUUACAUUGACAAAGCCGUCACACUAUUAUCACCAGAGAUGAGAGAGCGAAGAAGACGUCUCUUAAUCGAAAGACGAGAGGAAACGGAAAAAUUCAAUCGACAAAAUUCAGGAAGAGGUCGAACAAGAGCGAGUAGUAGAAAUACUGUUGUGUAUAUUGCUCCAAGACAUAAUGCAGUCCAAGAAGUAAUUGAAAUAAGGCCAAGACCAUCUAGAACACAAGUAUGAUGACACAGUCAAUUAAUUACACUGUAACAAUUUUUUUAAAAACUUAUUGGACAAAGAAACAUUUUAAUCAAGAAUAAAUCGUUUGGAAAAAAAUCAAGAUAAACUACGAUUCGUAUUGACAUAAUAAUAUAUAAUAAUAUAUUUUAAUUGUUUUUACAUU